GUUUUUGAAGUGGUGGUGGGACUAUACCCGUUUUAUGCAAAAGUAAGUAUGACUGAUUUGAAGUGAAAUUUUUAUGCUUUUCAUUAAAUUGAGCAUGCCUACUUGAAAUUUAAUUGAUUAUCCUGAUGAUCUGAAAGUGAUUGGUGAAUUAUGGUUUUUUUUUUUCUGUUAACUUUUGCUUGUUUUGUCUCCAAUAUGGUCAUGUUAUUCGUGUGCCCGCUAGUGGGAGGUUUAUAAACGCUAGCACAAGUCGACAUGUUACUGAUAGAACUGGUUUGUUUCUGUUAUCCUGCUAGUGGGAGUAUACACUAGUAAAUCGUGUGCCUGUCAGUGGGAGGUUUAUAACACUGGCCAUGACCUAUAGAAGAGACGUCUAUUUCAUUCCCGUACUGUAUCUGUUUUUUGUGCUUACACUUGUUGGCAUGCUAUAAGUUUAAUAAGGGGCAUUCCAUAAUUUGCUUAUUGAGUUUAUCUCAUAGUUUUUCCUUGUCCACCAUUUCAGGAAGCGAAAUCGAGGACGGGGAAACCAGGGGAAGUGACGAGUUAGAAGGCUAGCCAUAUUGUAAUUGAACAUAGAUUUUAGAUAUAAAUCAUGAUCUUUUCUGAGCCUUGUGAAUUUGUGGGACCCUCUCAUGAGUGCACGGCGUUUGUUACACCUCGAAUUCAGAGAUCUUUUGCUAUUGAUCCUGUUGGUCUCUACAGCAUAGCUAGUUGAGAAUUUGCUCUGUUUGUCACAUAACCAGUGGAAGAUGGGCAACCCUCUACUUUGUAAGAGAUUCAAGGCUAUUUUAGCAAAUGUUGUGUGUUUUCUAGAUGCGUUUUAGGAGCUGGAUAACUUGGUAAUUUCGCUGCUCAUUAUCUUUCUGAAAGUGUUAUAGUGAAAUUUCACUUUUUUCAUUUGGAGCUUCAUGGUCUGUUCAUGUGGCUCAUUUUUCUAUAUUGAUUAAUCAAAAACAAUGAUCAAUUCAAUUGAAAUUACCAUGUUUUUGUGAAGAUUGGCAAGCUGUCAUAAAGUUAAACUCUCUAUUGUUGCUAAUCUCUACAUUCUUGAUGUUUGUUGAAAUUACUUGAAACUCCUAAAAUCCGUCUUGAAUCUUUCUUGAUAUUGCUUUGUACUUGCUCUUGAAACUUAAAUCCAAAAAUGGAUAAUGACUAUUGAAAUCCUCAUUAUCUUGAUACUUGUCUGAAACUAUUUCUUGAAACUGUUUCUGGCAUUGUGCUUGGAAUUGGUUCGUAAACCUUGCUUGAAAUUAAUUCUUGUUGGAAUCUAUUCUUGAAAAUCAAUUGAUAUUUGGUUUUUGGAAUCUAUUUUGAAUUGUCCUUGAAAACCAUUCUUGUCCUAACUCUUGCUCUUGCUCAAAUCCUGCAUAUUCUGCUAGUUCUUGUUUUAGUAUACUUCUUGAUGUUCUUGAUUUUUUAUUUUUGUUCAUAUGGACACCUCUUUAGGAGGGGUGACGGUUAUUAGAAGAUACCUAUAAGAGGCAUCCUCAUUCCUUGUUUCUUGCAAGUAUUCAUCUCUGUAUUCUUGAUGUCUAGGAUGACUUAAUUGUAAAUCUGCUUAGCCUCCAUGGGCUACAAGGUGAAGGGGUAGUCUUUGAAGUACCUGAUGCCCUAAAGAUUUGUUCCAAAAGAAAUGGUUCUUUUAUUU